AUGGUGAACGUUCCAGUGGCAACCUUGCCCUCCAAUGGCAAAACCAUUCCUCUUGUAGGCUUCGGCACAGCCGAAUAUCCAUUCAACUCAACCGACUCCGUAAAAGAAUCGACUCUCCAUGCAAUUAAACUCGGCUACAGACAUUUUGAUACCGCUGCACUUUACCUCUGCGAGCAACCUCUUGGCGAAGCAAUAGCCGAAGCUUUACGCCAUGGGCUCAUCAAAUCACGCGAUGAGCUUUUCAUCACUUCCAAGCUUUGGCUCAACAAUGCUCACGGUCACCUUGUCGUCCCCGCGCUACAAACCACUCUCAAGAAUUUGGGCUUGGAGUGCCUUGAUCUCUAUCUCAUUCAUUAUCCGUUAAGCUUGAGACCGGGGUCAGAUUUAAGCCUUUUAUUGAAGAAAGAGGAUAUUGUCAAGAUGGACUUUGAGUCUGUUUGGAGGGCCAUGGAGGAAUGUCAAAAGCUUGGUCUUACCAGAUCCAUCGGAGUCAGUAACUUUUCAUGCAAGAAGCUUGAGGAGCUACUUGCCAUUGCGAAGAUCCCUCCUGCUGUCAAUCAAGUGGAGCUGAACCCAGUUUGGCAACAAAAGAAGCUGAGGAAGUUCUGUGAGGAAAAGGGCAUCCACAUAACAGCUUACUCGCCAUUAGGAGCCAAGGGAGCACUUUGGGGAACUAACCGAGUCAUGGAUUCUGAAGUGCUCCAAGAGAUUGCAAGAGCCAAGGGGAAGUCAGUCGCUCAGAUCUGUCUCCGGUGGGUUUACGAGCAAAGAGUAAGUGUCCUUGUUAAGAGCUUCAACCAAGAAAGAAUGAAGGAGAAUCUAGAUAUAUUUGAUUGGAAAUUAAGUCAAGAAGAACUGGACAAGAUUUCAAAAAUCCCGCAGAGCCGAGGAAAUCCUGCUGAGUUUACAGUAACAGAGCAAGGUCCUUACAAAUCCAUCGAGGAGUUCUGGGAUGGAGAAAUAUAA